GGCUGGGCUGUCAACUUAAAUCAGGGAACUAACUAAACUGAAAAUUUCCAUAAUAAUCAAGCGCAUCAAAUCGAACUGGUGGAUGCGUGAGAUUAAUUGCAUUUAACGAAUCAAAUUGUUUCCAUCGCACUCGGUGGGGUGUCAGCAUGCACGAAUGCUUGGAACCAACAAUUUGAUGACACUGGCAUAUACUUAAAGAAUUUAUUCCAAGCAAGCAGCAAUAAUUCUUCUUUAACAAUUACAAAAUGAACUCAGAACGAUCGUUUGAUAUUGUUGUCAUUGGAGCAGGAAUUUCUGGUAUAUAUGCCGCCAAAUUCUAUCUAGAUAUACAUCCACAAUGUCGACUCGUGAUUCUCGACCGAGACACUUGUGUUGGAGGUGUUUGGAACUCUAGAAGAGGAUAUGAAUCAUUCUGGACUCAAUGGACAGUUGGCACUGCGGAAUUUUCAGACCUACCUAUGUCCAGACCACCCGAGGAAGAUAUUUAUUAUGAGUUUUUCAAAGCGAAAUAUACUACUAAAUAUCUCGAAAAUUAUGUUGAUACACAUCGUUACGGUGACACAACACUCCGAGAUAGAAUCAAGCUCGCAACGGAAGUUCGAUCACUCCUGAAGGAGGACGGUAAAUGGAUGAUUGAAACUGUGGAUAUGGUUUCUGGAUCUUCAGAUACUUGGAAAACUACUAAAUUGAUUGUUGCUAGUGGGCUCCAUUCUAUACCUAACAUGCCUUCGCUCCCAGGCAAAGAGUUAUUUGGAGGCCCUAUCCUUCACCAAAAUGAUUUUGGGUCGUCCAAUGUUCUAAACUCACCAGAUAUCCAGAGAAUCACUGUGCUGGGAGCUGGAAAGUCAUCCGCUGAUAUGGUGUACUCAGCUGUCAAAGCAGGCAAGACUGUAUCAUGGAUCAUCAAGGCUUCUGAUACAAAUGGACCUGGAUUUCUUCUUUCUCCGAAGGGAAAGGGUCCCUACAAAAAUGCUUUCGAAGUCGGACUGACACGAAUUGUUGCCACAUUCGUACCUUACUUCCUGAAUGGAAAUUCAUGGUGGACGUGGUUCUUGCAUUCGACAAAGUAUGGAGUCAAAAUGAUGAAUGCCUUUUGGGGCGCGGUUGAUAAUGAAACAAGGAAAGAUGCAGAUUUCAAGGGAAGAAAAAAUCUUCAAGGAUUUGAGAAACUGAAUCCUCAAUCUCCAACAGGAUUUUUUUGGCAAAAUUGCACUGGGGGCUUAUUGAACCAAGUCGAUUUCUUUGACACCAUUGCUGAACACGUUCGGAUCUAUUGUGCCGAUAUUGCAAGUAUCGAAGAAAACACAAUCAUUUUGAAAGACGCUGAUGAAGUUCUAGCAGAUGCUAUACUUUGUGGUACUGGCUGGGUACCAUCUCUUCAAUUCUUUACCGAGGACCAAAAAACCUCACUUGGUCUUCCUCACCUCCCAUCUUCCGAGAGUGAAGGAUAUCAAGAUUACUGGAAGAUGAUUUCGUCAGAAGCAGACCAGAAAGUCGUCUCGAGAUUUCCGCAACUUGCAAAGCCACCCCCGCAUUACCGUCGUCCUGUCACUCAUACCCCAUAUCGUCUUUACAAACAUAUCAUACCUCUUCCUACAUCGGAUUCAGAGAUUAACGACAAUUCCAUCGUAUUCAUCGGACAAGUAGGCGUAGGAGACUAUUUCCCUGUCGUACAAUGCCAAUCUAUGUGGACGACCGCAUAUCUAGAUGGCAAACUAGCUCUCCCGCCAAGUCAAGAGCAGCAAAAAGAAGUUGCGUUAUUCACAGCAUGGAAUAGCAGAAGGUAUUUAAGCAGUGGAGAUGAGGGAAACAAUAUGACUUUCGAGUUGGUGGUGUAUUGUGACAGCCUUUUACAAGACUUGGGAUUGAAAAGUCAUCGAAGAGGCUGGUUUAAGGAUUUAUUUGCUCCGUUUGUGGCAAGUAAUUUUGCGGGGUUAAAGGAUGAAUAUUCGAAGAAGUAUGGAAGUAAUGAGGGUAAAGGAGUAUGAAUUAUUUUUAAUUUGAGUAAUUUGAGAUUGGACAAGGAACCAAAGAUCAGCUGUAAGGUUUUUACAGGUCAAUAGUUCAGUGCUUUUGUUUGAGCAAAGACAGCACUUGCAUUUAAAACUGCCAAAUAUCAUAGCUUCGUUUUUGGAAAUA